AUUUGGUUCGAUGAUGGAAGAACAGGAGAACAGAUUUUUGGUUAUGGUCAUUCGUCACUUGCUGAAUUUAUGCGAAAUCACGAAAGGGAAGGAUAACAAAGCUGUCAUCGCAAGUAACAUUAUGUAUGUUGUUGGACAGUACCCGAGGUUUCUAAGAGCUCACUGGAAGUUCCUAAAAACUGUUGUGAACAAAUUGUUUGAGUUCAUGCAUGAGACACAUCCUGGUGUUCAGGAUAUGGCCUGUGAUACAUUCUUGAAGAUUGUUCAGAAGUGCAAACGGAAAUUUGUAAUUGUUCAGUUAUAUUUGCAACUAAGUAAAGGGUGA